AUGGGAUUCAACGGGGACUUUGUUCCCUUGGUCAAGCCAACAGCUGAGAGACCAAAGUCACAGUAUCACAAAAGCCUUCAACCAAUCUUCGCUGGCUUCAACACCCUUGAGCUCAACUUCAUACGCGAUCAGCUGAACCUCUCGACAUGGUUUGCACUCGGCGGCAUCGCACAAGCUGCGCUUCUGGCGGUAUUCGGUCGUGUAGCCAUUCUUCCAAGUGUUGUCUUGAUUCUGUACCGAGUCCUUGAUGCCUAUCUCAUGGCAGCAGGCGUCAAGCACAAUCACUACAUGGAUGGCGUGAUGCUCAACAAGUUCUCCUCGCAGUUCCCAGACUCGACAGGCCAGUUUGGAUCGAAGCCAGCUAAUGGCGAUAUCGUUAUCUUCCUGAUCGGUGCAAGAACUAACCAUCCCAUGGGCAUGUUGUCCCCCGGAACCAAGCAACUCGGUGCUUAUUUUACUGGAAUGGCUCGCAACCUAGAAGCCCAUGCCGAAGAAUUCGACUUCCUUGGUGCAUCGGGCUGGACUGGCUCAGAGCGAACCGCAGGAAAUGAGCUCAUGACGGUCAUGUACUUCAAGUCAUCCGACGGUCUGCACAAGUUUGCACAUUCGGAUUUCCAUCGUGAGGGCUGGAAUUGGUGGAACAAGGAGAUCAGCAAGAUGCCUCACCUUUCUAUCUGGCACGAAAUGUAUCGAUCUCCAAAGGGGAACUGGGAGAAUAUCUAUGUCAACAGCCACCCGGACCUUAUUGAGGGAAUCGAGCCGGGCAAACCUUUCUACGUCAGCCCGAUUGUGGAUGCUAGGAGAGGACUUCUCAAGACCAGUGCAGGUCGCAUGAGCCAGUCCACGGCGAACGAGCAUGAUAAGUACGAUCAGGAUCCUUACGCGCAGUAUGGAACGCUCGGGUAUGUUCAGUGA